AUUUUCGAUUUGCCCUCAAGAAAAUUGCACAAAUUAAUACCAUGUAAAGCAAUUUAGCGUGUGCCGAGCAGACAGCCUUGUUAAAAUCUAAACGAAAUGUUACGGUAUGGCACUUGAUGGAAAGAAAUCAAUGUUUUCAUUUUUAUAAUUUUUUUUUCACUUUUUUUUCUCUAGCUGUGAAGGGGAUGAAUGUUUCGUCCAAUGGCCUGGAAUGUUCCAAUAAAAAGUAUUCUGGGGAAUUCAGUUUCAAACUAGGUGGAGAUCUUGGACCAUUGUUGAUAGUAGCAUCAUCCAAACGAUCGAUAUGCUGUUCAGCGCCACGUGGCUACACAAAGCCCACACACGCGGCAUAUCCACGUACGCGCAAUUUCUCCCCCCUCUGCAAUCCGUUCCGCGGAGAAAACAAUUGCACAAUAGUUAGCAGAGACGCAUAGACAUCUGCACAGUGAGCUUCUACGGGUUCCCUUUAAGAGGGAGUGAACAGGGAUCUAUAUAAUCCAUAAUCCACACUGGGAAAACAAGACAUCUCUGGUGAGCUGCUACAUACCGGUGCUUGCUAAUUUAGAGACAUUGCUGUGUCUGGUUCAUGGGAUCAAUGAAGCGCUUCCUGUGGACGAACGUCUCUGACCGCACAUGUAGUCCGCAGCCUCUUGUAUACAAGUUGUGAUACCAGUCUGCUCUCAGGGUCCUUUUGAUUACGUUAGGGUCCCGCCAGUCGACGGCCAAGGCACUGACUUGGCACUCGUCAGGACUGUGUAGGCCGGCAAGCCCUUAGGUACUGGCAGCUCUGACUUACCAUCGUGUCAACGUGAUGAACACAGCCCAGCACAAAUUACACCAGGUUGUAUGGUGACUGUGAUUAGAGAUGUUCAGGAACCUCCUCGUCCGUGAGUGGGACAUCCCGUGUGGAAAUCCCGGAGAGUAAACCUCCGUUGUCGGUUUACUUAAACACGAACACUUCUACGGAGCACGGAAGUACACAUUAGCGGUUGCAUUCCCCUGAAGUUCCCCCCUAAAACUUUGGACCGCAUGGGAGAUGCUCAGAUGGCAACGGAGGCCCAAACGAAUGGAGAGGAGAAAGGUGAACUUGACCGCCUGAUCUCGGCUGAGCCUCCAGAAGUGGUGAUAAGAUGCCCCGGGAUGCCAGAGGCCAACUACAAACGGCCGAACGAAGCCUUCGAGAGCUCGGACGAUCUCAUUGAGGACUAUGACAACUUUGAAUUCAAGCCAAAAUGUGUGGAGAAGUUGUCCGGCUUGGAGAAACUGUUGUUCGUGGUGCUAGCCAUAUUUCUCAUUAUCAUUCUUGCUCUGGGGAUAGCGUUAGGGAAAGCCAACAGCGCCCCCAAAAGGCCAGUGGAAGUCCAUUGCUCAAACCAGGAAUGUGUAAAAGCUGCCAGUGCCAUCGUGACUAGCCUAAAUGAGACAGAACCACCCUGUCGGGACUUCUACCAGUACGCCUGUGGGGGUUGGGUGGCGGAAACACCCAUACCUAAGGGUCAGCUGAGCUGGGACAGAUUUCAGGAGGUGGCAGAUAGGACAUACUAUAAGUUAGAGAGAGUGCUCAUUGAAGAGAGAGAUGUCUUACCACAUACAGCCGAAAAUAAAGCCAAGAAGUUUUACAAAUCAUGCUCUAAUGCCAUAAAUAUUACAACAGAGGCUUUUGUGGCCUCUUAUCAGAGUCUGAUUAAAAGUGUGGGCGGAUGGACGAUAGGGGAGAACAGUACCAAACGAAGACCAGAGCUGGAACUUCCAAACAGCCUUACAGGCUAUCCACAAACUGAGGGUGUAUCCACUGUUUGCCGCUCCCAGGCUGCUAAUUCGGAUUGUCUGUCAGAGAAGUCAGAGGGCGUCGACCACUCAUUUAGCAGUACGCCAAAGCACUUAGCAAGGAAAAAAAAAAACAUCCGUGAAGAUCAGAUUGACCCGGGUAUGAUGGGAACGAACCCAAGUUACUUCACAACUUUUGUCAAUGAUACAGACGCACAAAAACAAGUUAACGAAUAUACAGACUAUAUCGUACGUGUGGGAAGAACGUUAGGGGGAGACGAGGCCAGCCUGAGGAAGAAAGCUGAAGAUAUUGUACAGUUUGAAAAGUCCCUCACCCAGAUUUUACCACCAUUUAAGAAAACGCGGGACCGAAUGAAGAUGUUCCAUAAACUGUCCAUAACAGAUCUUCAGAAAAAGGCCGGUGUGGUGCAGUGGACAAAUUAUUUUAACAGCAUAAUUGAAGGCAGCAAAACCAGUCCAUUUACAGACUCUAACAAGGUUGUCGUGUACGCUCCCAACUAUAUGCAAGAGCUGGCAAAUAUUAUAGGCAACUACUCAUCCAAUGACACUAAAAGAGAAAUUCUCAGGAACUAUAUGGUGUGGACAUUGGUGUCGACGAUUGAAAAAUAUGUAGGAUCAGAAAUAUUUCAGCCCUAUCGAACAGAUAAUGUAGGUAAUUGGAAGAGAUGUAUUUUCUACACAAACAAGGCUUUUGAUUUCGCCACAGGGGCCAUAUAUGUGAACAGUACUUUCCAUGAAAGUUAUGUUGCAGAGGUACACACCAUUGUGAAAUAUAUUAAAGAUGCCUUCAAAAACCAUUUAGUCCGGAAACACUGGAUUGACGAACCUACUUCAAAACUGGCAGCAGAAAAGAUUGAUGCAAUAAUCGACAAAAUCAGUUACAGCUCUGUUAUUCAGAACAGCACGUUUUUGGAUGGGUAUUAUAACGAGUUUGCCGUAAAUCAGUCUGAUUGGUUCGACAGUGUAUUAAAAUGGCAGCGGUUUGAUGUGAUAAAAAUGGCAAAGCGACUUAAACAAAAACCUGACAGGGAGAGCUGGAUAUCAGCCCCUGUGAAUGUCAACACGUUUUACUCCCCGGAGCGGAAUGAUUUGUUUUUCCCCGCAGCUGUGUUUCAGCCACCAUUUUUCAGUCCUGGAAGACCUCAGGCACUUAAUUUCGGAGCGCUUGGGUCUAUCAUUGGACAUGAAAUAACACAUGCAUUUGACACCUUAGGAAGACAGUUUGAUAAAAUCGGGAAGCUAGAUUCUUGGUGGGGCAACCUAACCACUGCUAACUAUAAAAUCACCUCGGAGUGUAUGGUGAAACAGUAUCAGGAGUUUACAUACGAUAAUCGCCAGGUGGAUGGUAACAAAACAUUGGAGGAAAAUAUUGCUGACAAUGGGGGACUAAAUGCAGCUUUCAUGGGAUAUCGUCUUUGGAGAAAUCACAACGAAGAGCAGUUUGUGUUACCCGGUACAAAUUUAACUCAUGACCAACUCUUCUUUUUAAGCUUUGCACAGAUGUAUUGCGGAAAAUAUACUUCGAAAGGAAUUUUCCUAACGCUGACGGGAGAUUCACAUAGCCCGAAUCCUGCAAGAGUGAUGGGAGUGUUGAAGAACUCAGAGGAGUUUACCGAACUGUAUAAUUGCGGGCUUGCUGCUCCAAUGAACGCAAAUGUUCGCUGCAGAGUUUGGUAAGAGGUACCCUAUAUUCUGCGACCAGUUGCUAAGGCAUCUGCAUAUUGAGGCGUCACAACUGACACUUAACCAUCAUCAACACUGACAAAUCUCUACCGUUUGGAGAUAACACAUAAACGAACCUUCUUCUGCUGACAAAGUCCACUGGGAAACCUAUACAAGCGACUAAUGGAGAUUAUGAAUAUUUAAGCCACGGACAGCGGAUAGUGUGUUUCUCUUUACAUUUUUUGUGAUAGACGAGACAGUGAAACGGGGAUGAAAGAUAACUCCACUUGCUGCAAUAGUCCAAACGAUGGCAAAGUAUACAGGGCAAGCACAAAUCGUGAUUUCCCACAUGGUCGAUCUUACAAACCAAUUGCUUUUUCCUUGGAAGUUGCUGUUUGUGUGAAAGAACUUCGACAGCCACGUGCCUUUGUUGUCCACUGUAAUCUCGGCGAGAGGAAAAUUCGGUAGCGUUUCCAAAUGUUUCAAUACAGGUGACAACCACUGAGACAUUCCAAACAUCAACGUUACAUUUGCUCAUUCCGUCGCUUCAUCGGGGCGCUUAUGUAUUUGCAUCUCCAUUUCAAUGGAUAAGAGACGUUCCUGGUUGUUUCUCUUAUGGUGUGCCAAGCUUUCUGUGAUCUGCUUGUAACCAACGUUAACUGUUUUUUUUUUUCAUGAAUAUAAAUGUUACUAUUGUUUAUGUGUAUGUCUAAGUAAGUUUAUUUGUUGCUAAAUUUGAUUUGUUUCCCAUUCCCAUAUGUACCGUUAUGGUCAAUAAUAUAAGAAUAUUCUGGAAUUAUUAAAUUAAUAUUCAAUAUUACUAUACUUGUUAGCGGAAAACGUGUGUGGCCAUUUUCUAGAAUGUGUAUGUAAGGUGUAUGCUUAAAAAUCGGGCACUUUUAAUAUUUUCGGAGAAAGUCAUGUCACAUGUUGAGAUAAUGUUAUUUGAUUUAAUUGUGUUAGGUUACGGUGCUAUUCAUUGCUGUUCGGCCUUUGUUGAUGAUGGUUCGCUACAGCAUGUCCAGAAUAUCCAGAAAGUUGUGAAACUCUCUGAGAACAUUCAUUGAAGGGCGGGCGUUAAAGAUGUAGUUUGUUUAAAGAAAAAAGACACUAUAAAAUGAAGCCAUAAUCACACACAAAAUUAUAAUUUUCUUGAAAAGAAUGAAAUGUAUUCAAAUAGUUCAAUUUCGAAUUUUAAGGUCAGUUUAAUGACCAUAUUGUUAGUGCCGUGUGCCGAUGACCUAAUAAGAUUUUCACUCUGAUAAAAACCAUGUAUUUACGUCAAUAUGGCUCUUUAUAUCCGUGAAUAAACAUUUUCCUAUUGUGCCCUGUUAAAAGCCAGACUUAAAGGUAAAAAUAAUCAUAGUAACGUCAGACAUCGACGCCCAACAACAUAAAAUAUAUAUUCACUUACACCCAGCAUAAAAUUCAUAUAUAUAUAUUUUAAUGCUCUUAAUUCUAUUCUGUAAAUUUUUAAAACAGAAAUGAGGGUACAUUUAGAUAUAUAUAGUUUUCAGUGGUGCAUGUGGCUGAUUCAUGAUGACGAUUACAUGUACUUUCGUUGUUGUUUAGU